AUGUUUUGUUUUAACGGUUUUUAUAAAAAUUUAUUUAACGACAGUAGAAAAAUAACAAUCGGUGUCGUGUAUCUUUCACUCCUGUUGGAUAAUGUACUUUUAACAAUGGUUGUUCCCAUAAUGCCAGAUUUUUUAAUAAAAAAUUCCAUAGAUGGUAACAAACCGGAAAACAACCAAGAGUAUCGAAUGAUAUCAUCAUAUCAAAAUGAAAGUUAUGAUAACGUGACGUCAUCAUCAUCCUAUAAAACAAUAUUCGAUGUCCCGAAUAUGGAAAAUGGAAGGAUGAGCAUUUUGUUAUCAUCAAAAGCUUUGGUACAACUUAUAUUAAAUCCUGUUGUUGGUGUUAUCACAAACAGGGUCGGAUACACGCUUCCGUUGUUUUUGGGAACGUGUACGCUUUUAAUUUCGGCAACGGUAUUCGCCUUCAGCACCGGAUACUUUGCUUUAUUUUUAGCAAGAAGUUUUCAAGGUGUCGCAUCAUCAUGCAUAGGAAUAACAGGUAUGUGUUUGGUUGCGGAAAAAUAUCCGGAAGAACCGGAAAGAAGUAAAAUGAUGGGUUUUGUUUUGGGUAGCGUUGCUGUCGGCGUACUCAUAGGAUACCCAUUCGGUGGUUUCAUGUAUGAUUAUUCUGGAAAAACUGGACCUUUUCUCAUCAUUGUUUUAUUUAUAUGCAUCGAUGGAGUAAAAGAAUUUUUUUUCCGACAGAAACGAUAUAUAAGUUCCGGUUGGUUACAAUUGUUCAGCGACAGGAAAAUACUUUUAACGGGUGGUGCUAUUGGAAUAUCAACAUCAACAAUUGCUAUAUUAGAACCUUGUUUACCAAUAUGGCUACUACAAGAAAUAAAACCAAAGAAAUGGCAACUCGGUACGGCAUUCAUACCCGAUAGUUUAGGUUAUUUUAUCGGUACAAAUUCAAUGGCCUUAAUAGCUUAUCAAAGCAGAAGAUCAAUGAUUGCAAUACCAUCUAUGAUAUUGGUCGGAUUAUCUGCAUCAUUGGUGCCAGCAGCAAAAACGAUGCUACAAUUAGUUAUCCCACAUUUUUUUCUCGGUUUUGGUAUCGGUGCUGUCGAUGCUGCUCUCGUACCCCUUUUGGCAGCUUUAGUUGACACAAAAUAUUCAACUCAUUACGGUGCCGUUUAUGCAAUGCAACAAAUAUCAGUCAGUCUCGCAUAUUCUUUAGGUCCAGUUUUUGGAAGUGGAAUGACUGAAAUCGUUGGAUUUCCAUGGAUGAUGAGAAUUGUUGGCAUCAUAAACAUUCUUUACAGUUUCCUGUUAUUUAAAUUAGAUAAAUUUCACAGCGAGAAUUAUUUAAACCGGAAACGUGAUAUCGUUGACUAUCAUUCAAGCGGUAAAAUUAAUUACGAAAAAUUUUCAGAAUCUGAUAACACGAGCGAAUAA